UUCCUAGGAGUCCAAAACGGUAGGGAGGGAGCCUAAAGUUUCUGACAUUUUGUUUUUUUUAUAACUUUUUUUUUCUAACUACAAAGUAAUGCAUGCUUAAUGUAGAAAACUUGGGAAAGGCAGAAGUAUAAGAGAAUUUUAAAAAUCACCCUGUUUGUCCCAUUCAUCCCUUUAGCUUCAGUGAUCCAGUGCCUGGCACAGAUACAGAUUAGAUACUUAAUACACAUUUGUUAAACACAUUAUCUUCAAUUCCAUUACCCGGAGAUAAAAACCACAGUUAACUUUUUAUUUUUAUUUAUUUAUUUUUUUUUUUUGGAGAGAUGGAGUCUCGAACUCCUGGGCUCAGGCGAUCCUCCUGCCUCUGCCUGCCAAAGUGCUGGAAUUACAGGUGUGAGCUCCCGUGCCUGGCCACAGAGUUAACUUUUGAUUGUUUUGCCUUCCAACAUUUUAUAUAUGUUUUAUACAAAGGGGAUUAUAUUAUACACCUUUGUAGCCUGCUUUUUUUCCUCUCAGCAAUAUACUUACUAUGUGCGUUUUCCCAUAUCGAUAGCUUCUUUACAACACCAUUUUUAAUACUUUCAUAUCAUUCCUUCAAAUGGCUAUACCUUUUCCUAGCCAAUUCUGGGAACAACUGACCCCCUGGCAUUUGGCAUGGGCCCAGGACAGAAUGUGUACUGUAAUGACCGCCCCCCGUCCCAAUUCUCCAGAUAGGACAUUAAGUUCCUGCCAGCAUCUGCAGCCCGUCUCCUGACUCAAAGUUCAGGCUGCUGCUCCAACAUAGUGCCACUCAGAGGAGGGCUCCACACCUGCCCCCCACCUUGCCCUGCCCUGCCCUGCCCUGCCUUGGCCGGCGCCGCGCACCUAAAGCGCCGCCCUGGCGGUGGGGCUGGACGGAAGAGACCCUGCGCAGUCCGGCCGCUCGCCGCGCAUGCUCCUUCCUGCGCGCUGCCCUCCCCGGCCCCGCCUCCGCGGCUCCCGCCCGCGAGCGGUUGGGAUUUGAAUCUGCCGCGGACUGCAGCCGGAAGUGUCGAUCCCUCAGCCAGGCAUGGAGCUCUCCUGCCCCGGUGCGCGGUGCCCGGUGCAAGAGCAGCGUGCCCGCUGGGAGCGGAAACGCGCCUGCACCGCCCGGGAGCUGCUAGAGACCGAGCGGCGCUACCAAGAACAGCUGGGGCUGGUGGCCACGUACUUUUUGGGGAUCCUGAAAGCCAAGGGGACCCUGCGACCACCUGAGCGCCAGGCCCUGUUUGGCUCCUGGGAGCUCAUCUACGGCGCCAGCCAGGAGCUGCUUCCCUACCUGGAAGGAGGAUGCUGGGGCCAAGGGCUGGAGGGCUUCUGCCGCCACUUGGAGCUCUAUAACCAAUUUGCUGCCAACUCAGAGAGGUCCCAGACCACCCUGCAGGAGCAGCUAAAGAAAAAUAAAGGUUUCCGGAGGUUUGUACGGCUUCAGGAAGGCCGCCCUGAGUUUGGGGGCCUUCAGCUCCAGGACCUGCUCCCUCUGCCUCUGCAACGGCUCCAGCAGUAUGAGAAUCUCGUCGUAGCUUUGGCUGAAAACACAGGUCCCAACAGCCCUGACCAUCAACAGCUCACACGGGCUGCCCGACUGAUAAGUGAGACUGCCCAGAGAGUCCAUACUAUUGGUCAGAAACAGAAGAAUGACCAGCACCUUCGGCGUGUCCAGGCUCUGCUCAGUGGACGCCAGGCAAAGGGGCUGACCUCAGGGCGCUGGUUCCUACGCCAGGGCUGGCUGUUGGUGGUGCCUCCCCAUGGGGAGCCUCGGCCCCGCAUGUUCUUCCUCUUCACUGAUGUGCUCCUCAUGGCCAAGCCUCGGCCUCCACUGCACCUGCUGCGGAGUGGCACCUUUGCCUGCAAGGCCCUCUACCCCAUGGCCCAGUGUCAUCUCAGCAGGGUCUUUGGCCACUCAGGAGGCCCUUGUGGUGGGUUACUCAGUCUGUCCUUCCCUCAUGAGAAGCUACUGCUUAUGUCCACAGACCAGGAGGAGCUGUCACGCUGGUACCACAGUCUGACUUGGGCUAUCAGCAGCCAGAAAAACUAGAGGAAUCUUAUAGAUUCCAGAACUCAGGAUACCUCAGGAAUAGGACACAGCCAAGAGUACAAAGGAAUCUUCAGUACUGAACAAAACAGAACCCUUCAUGAUUUGACAAAGGUCACUUUCUGUUUGCCUGGACCAAGCUACUCCAGAUCAUCUGACCAACUCUUAAAAAUCACGGCCAGGCACAGUGGCUCAUGCCUGUAAUCCCAGCACUUUGGGAAGCAGAGGUGGCAGGAUCAUUCCAGCCCAGGAGUUCAAGACCAGCCUGGGCAACACAGUGAGUGAGACCCUGUCUCUAUUUAAGAAAAAAUAAUUAAGAAAUUUUUUUAUUAAAAAAGAAGAAUCAGGAAACCAAGUCCAACCCAACUAAACCUCAAAUGAACCAGCCCCUAACACAGAUGAGGGGAUUUGGGACUGAUAAGCUCUGUGCUGUGUCCAUGGCCCGUCAUUUAUCAAGGUUGCAGCUUUGUAAAUGUGGCUAUUUUUAUGUUGUGUAUAGUUUCUAUCAUUUAUUUUUCCACUGGAUUUGAGUAAAGUUUUUUUUCUUUUUUUUGGGAAA